AUGGUAAUUUGUUGAUUUAUAUUAUAAGAUAAAUGCUAAGUUGUAGAUUAAAUGGAAUUCGCCAAAAGAAUAAUUUAAAUAAUAAUCAAAUAAGAGUGAAAAAUUAAAAGUAGGAAUCUAAUAAAAAUAAUAAAAUUUACACAGUUUAAGAACAAAUUAGGAUUCCAAAAGAUCAAGUCCUGGAUCACCUUCGAACGAUUCUGAUAAUUGA